AUGGAUAUAAAUCAUGUUAAUACUAUUCGUGUAACAAAUAGCUUUGUAGCAGACACAAUUAUAGAUGGAGCAUAUUCAAAUGUUAUAUAUUCAUUUUAUCCAUCUACACCAAUUGAAAUUGAAGGAAGACAUGUAAAAGCAGAUGGAAGUGCAUAUGCAAAUGCAGAUGCAAUAACACUAACACACAAUGGAUUUAUGCAUUUAUUUGAUAGAAUUGAAUAUAAGUUCUAUGAUUCAGUAGUUGAACCAGUUAAUUUUCCAGGUAAUGCAACUACAAUGCUUGGAAUUUUGAAAUAUCCAAAUGACUUUCAACAAUCAAAAGCAAUGAAUCAAUUGUGGUUUAAAGAUACUACAUCAACUGCAGAUUUAGUUAAUAAUGCAGAAUUUUCAGCAAGGCAGCAAUAUAUCAUUCAAAAACCAACUACAAAAGUUUUUUAUGGAUUAAAGCAUGAACUUUUUCUGUUAAGAGCAAGUGAUGAUAAUACAAUUUUAAAAGCUGCCGGUGUAGCUGCAGGAAAAAUAAAUAUUGCUAGAAUAUCAUUAAUGAUGAGAUGUGUAACUCCAUCUGCUGUAGCAGAUUUAGAACUUACUACAAUAAUUAAAUCACAAGAAACACUUGAUCUAGGUUUUAGAUCGAGGUACUUAGACAAAAUGAAUGUUCCACAAAAUACAUCAUUUGACUGGAGAUUAGGAGUAAGAACUACUGAAAAACCGAGAUAUAUUCUUGUUGCAUCAAAUUUUGCUGAAGAUUAUUAUAAUAUGACAAAUCUUAUUAGUCUAUGUGGUAUAACUCCUUCAGACUAUAGAGAUUUAUAUCCUAUUAUGUAUUUUAAUGUAAGUAAACAAUCAGAAAGAAUGAAAGAUUCAACAGUAGAUAUUAGAAUUAAAGCAGAAUUUAAUACACCUGUUCCAGCAGAAUUAAUAAGAACUGGAUCUGAAGGAUUUAAAUUAGAAUGUCCUGAAAUUACUCAAGAUGAAAAAGAAGAUUUAUAA